CAAAAGAUCGGCGGCAGCUGCGACAGUUUCCACGUUAACUUACAGGAAAAUUUUAUGUGAAAGGUGAAUUCGUACACUCCGGGAGAAAAAGGAGUAGAAUGUGGAAGUGACAAAGAAGACAAGAUUGUCAUCUUGUGGGGAGGAAACCUACAGGAAUUAAGUUAAACAAUAAUUUUGAAUACAGAGGGAGAGGUUCGCUUAUAUAAACAGAUCACAAUGCCUGAAAUCCUUUUGACAAACCUGGAGCCAGGCAGCGCAGCAGCCUCCAAAACUAGUGGAGCCAUAGCAGAACCUCAAACACUGGGAAAACCUGAACAGGCAGAUCGGAAGAAGGAGGAAGAAGAUGGUGAUGAGGAGGAAAAAGUGGUCAGCUCUGCUGCGAUGGAACCUUCCACACUGCCACUGUCCGAGAGCAAAGGGAAAGAGAAAGUGAGCGUGGUUGGAAAUGAUGUGCUGGGAGAGGGUGGAGGAGUGGCGGGGGAAAAGGAGACGCAGGGAGAGAGAGGGAGCGUGGAUUCUGUGUGCACGUCGAUGAGGGGACAGGAGAGUAGAACAGAGAGUGAGCGUGAGCUGGGGGGGCGGGAGAGGGAGCCAGAGGAAGGAUGGGACAGAGAGACGAGCAUGAAGGAAAGAAGGAAAACGAGUCAUCUGGAACUGGGGGCGGCAGCAGAGGGGGAUGACCUGAUUAACUCGAUGCCAGAGAAAGCCGCUCGGGUCUUCAGUCCCAGGAUUACCAUCCUUAACUCCUCCGGCAAGCCUGAGUCCCACGGAGAGAGCGUGCCCCUCUGGGAAGGACACACAGAGAAGAGUCCCUUCCUUGGCCCCCAUGGAACCCCACCAGAUGGCUACUACCAUGAAUGGCCUGUGGAGACACCAAAAUGUGCGUGCAGCAGUGGUGACCGUGAUGCAUUGAAAGUUGGCGUGUCAGUGUUCAUGGCAGCCUUGAUCUUCCCUCUUCUUGUGUGGGGCGGUUAUGUCUUCCUGCCAUUUGAUGCCCCGCUGCUCCACACUGCUCCCCAAAGGCUGAUCUACAUUUUGCGAUGCUCGGUUUUUGCCACGGUUCCUAUAGUACUGGGCAUGCUGGUGCUGGGCGUGUCUCGGCUGCGGUUCUGCUCGGUGAAGCCCAGAUGUGAGGGUAAGGCGGAGGGCAGGGAGGUGAGCGUCCAUCGGCAGUACGUCAGCGACUCCCUCUCCCUGUUCCUCCUCUACUUCCUGCAGCUGGCUGUCAUGGCAACUUACCUCAGGCAAGAGAUGCUCAAACUGGUCCCCCUGCUGACUAUUAUCUUCGCUUUUGGCAGGCUUAUCUACUGGGCAUCUGUGACUAUGGGCAGCAGCGUGCGGGGCGUGGGUUUCGGCUUCUCCUUCUUGCCGACGCUGGCCAUGCUUGGAGCCAACCUGUACUUCAUCUUCACAAUGGAUUCAGGGGGCAGCAUCUUUGCUCUGGAGGACCUGCCCACUCCUGAACCACCUUCAAUCCCUCAGCAAAGAUUCUGGGGGUAGCAUAAGGAGGAAUGUUGGAAUUGAACUGGAGAGGAGAGGACUAAAUUAAUGUUAAGUGGAUUUGAGAAGAGCUGACUAGAAUGUUUUGAAAUAGGAAUUGUUGGACCAGAUUGUCCUGCAGUCUUGUGGACUAAAAGUGAAAUCAUCUCAAAAUCAAUUGGAUUACAUUCUUGGAAAUGAUGGUAACUGUUUGUUUCCAGUUUUCAGGUUUAAGUGUUAUUAACAGUGACUUGGUGAUUUUUUUUUUAUUCUCAUUUGGGUCAACUUUCUGACAAUCUAGGCUGAUAUGACAAUGUAAUAUGCACAAAUAUGAACAAAUAUGCAAGUCAUCUGAAUUUGAAUACAUUUUACCCACCCUAACUGUAAAAUGUCACAUUGGUCAGUUAUAUAAUGUUAUAUACUAUAUACAUAGGUUAUAUUGUGUCAAUCUAUAUUUUCUUGAGUGAGGAUUGGCUGGAAGUUUACUGUAGACAAGAGGGCCAGUAUGGUUUCAAUGUCAUGUUCGAUGAAAUGGGCUUCAAGUGACCCUAUACUAUUUCCUAUAUGCAUAAAUGCACACUAUAUGAAUCUAUAAGACAGGAUUGGGCUACUCUGGACUGUAUAGCUUCACACUAUGAUAUUUACCAAAUUCUUCCUGCUGCUUUAGCAUGAUUUUCUUCUGGCUCUGGCAGACAGAUGAAAAGCAAAUGCUAUUGUGGGAUUGUAUUGGGUAAGUGGGGCCAAAGGAAGCUUGCAUCUCUCAAUAGUGGCAUGAGGCACCCUUUUAUACCUUAAAGUGCCCCACCUGUUUCCUUAUCUGGGUAUACCACAAUGCAAUAUUCCAGAAGGCUGAAUACCCAAUAAACUCUCAUUUUCCACGCAACGCAUGUUAAAAUUACAGCUCAUGUUAAAAUACAUAAUAGUGAUGGAAAUUACUUAAAUAGUCAAAUCUGUCUUAUCUGCACAUUAUUAGGAGUUAUAAUUCUGUAAAGGAUUGCAAAGGUGUUAACUGAAAAAAUGAAACAAAUGUGUAUCUUCAUGAGACACUACACUGAAAACAUUUUGGUGGCAUGGUAAUUAAAACAGCUUAUAGUAUUUUUUUUUU